UGAUCCUGAAUGUUCUUACAGAAUCCAGAUCUCAUCACAGCCGGAUCCACAGAUGCCUUCUGGAGCUUUGAUUCAUGUGCCGCGUUACUUGGGCAACCUGCCCUUCAGAGUCUGGAAGAAGAUGCAGGACAUCGCCCAGAACACUCCUGUGAUUCUGGAUCCAAACACGGCUCAUCCUCGUCUCGUUCUAUCUGAUGAUCUGACCAGUGUGAGAUACAGCAGGAUCAAUCAACCUGUUCCUGAUAAUCCAGAGAGAUUUAACUGUGAUCUCUGUGUUCUGGGUUCAGAGGGGUUUAACUCAGGAACGCACUGCUGGGAUGUGGAGGUUAAACAGAGUUCACUCUGGAUUCUUGGAGUAACUACAGCAUCAAACCAGAGGAAGGGACGGGGUUUCUAUAACACUGAUGUCUGGUGUGUGUGGUAUGUUCGGAGUGUCUCCAGGUUCUGGUUUUUGUGUUGAACGUAAGCUUGAUCGUGUGAGAGUGAAUCUGGACUAUGAGAGAGGAACAGUGUCAUUCUCUGAUCCUGUAACUAACACACAUCUACACACAUUCACAACCUCCUUCACUCACACACUCUUCCCUUUCUUCAGUUGUUAUCCAUCCUCUCUGAGGAUCUUAUCGAUCAGUAGUCAGUAAUCUGUAGCUCUGGAUCUACCUGCUUUCAUAUUUCAUCAUGUUUCAAUAUUUAAUCACAUGAGUAAGAGACUGUUGAUCUGAACAUCAGAUCAGAAAACAAGUACAUUUAUUCAUCUUUAAUAAUGAAAAAUAUAUUAAAACACGUGAUGAAAGGUUAAAAUAAUCAUGUUAU